AAUAUAUCAACUCUUUUUUCAAUGUCUGAUUACUCAGAUCACUCAGACACAGAUAAAUACAUCGAAAAGUCAUUCGAAGACUACAACAGAGAAGCUUCAAAAAUUUAUGACGAGGACAGUAAUGGACCCUUUGCUUCUUCUCCAAAAGUAGCAAAGGGAGGUGCUAAAAUUUCAUUCAAAUAGCAAAAAGAAGAAAAUAAUGACAAAAGAUGAUAUUAUUGACAAAAUGAGAGACCUAAACACACGUGCUAGAGACCAACUCAAGGGUUUAAACACAAGAAUGGAAAGAAUUCUGGAAACCAUGAAAUACAAGAUAAUUCACAAACAGCAACUAAAGCAAAAACAGGUAGUUGAAACUCCAAAGCAUAAGCAUAAAGUUCUCAAUUCUGAAAUAUCUCAGCUCCAACAACAAAAAGAACAACUUCUAUUAGAUCAGGAGCAAUGGGCUGUCAAGCUACAAGAGGCUAUCAAUUAUAGGCCUCAGAAUACAGUCAAGAAGGACCCUAAUACUGAACUUUUAAAGAAAACAAUUCGUGACCUGAAAUAAGGAGAUUAAAGACCAAGAGAAAAUAUUAGUACAGAAUAACAACCCUGAACCUAAAGCAUAUAAACCUAUGGAGGCAAAUGAAAGAUACCUCAUCCUUCUAAACAAGAAUUUGGUUAUCCAAGACACUAUCGAAAGAAAAGAAACAAGUCUGUCACAACAUGAGGACCUUAUACAAAGAAAUAUGCUUCAACUGCAACAAAUUCAGAAGUGUAUUAAUUCUAUACAAGCUAAAAGGAGUAGAAGAGCUGAAUCUCAGCUUAAAAGACAUGAAAAUAGAAGUCAAGAAAUUCCAAAGAAAGAAACUCAACAAGAGCUACUUCAGAAAAUUAAAGAAAUCUCUGAGAAAAUUAAACAGGAUGAUAAAGAAUUCUCCAAAAAGAAGCGAAACAUGGACAAGAAACUUAGUCUAAAGCAUAAGGAAUUACAGCUUGCCAAACUCAGGUUGAAGGAAAAAGAUCAAGAAAGGCGGAUAGGCAACCUUAAAGUUCAGGAACUUAGAAGGAUCUUGAAACAGCACAAAUUACAACCUUUAGUCAGUAGUAAUGAGAAAUUCCGAGAACAGAAAAGAACAGAAAGGAAUAAGAGCCUAAUUGUGCAUCAAAGUCAAUCCUCGAUCAGCAAGACAUUUGAUUUAGAAUAUGGAAAACCCUAUAUUGAGAAAAAGAAUACAGAAAAAUUUAAUCAAGAAGAUAGUAAGAAAUCAUCUAGGUUCAGACUAGCUAAAGUAGAAUGGAAAUAUAAUGGCAAGAAGCUUCAUCAAUCGAGCGUUGACUUAAGAGAGAAGGAUCUGGCAGAAAAGCUUAAAAAUAAUAAACGAUCAAACAGUAAAAAUGAUAAGAAUACAAUACAGAUUAAUACGAAUGCUCCUAUUCAGCAAAGCAAUUUUUCUGGAGUCAAAAAGAAGCCUUCCAUACGAAUGGAGAAUGAAAAGGUAUCAAACACAGGAGGUUCAGGUAUUGAAGAUUUCUACCAAAAUACUGUGAACUAACUCUUCAGCAAAAUUCUACUUUAUUUCGUGAUUCAAUCUG